GAUAAAGUUGAUGAGGUUUUAAGGACCGAACAGAAAUAAUCUAUCGUUAUUCUUUUCCAAUUUUGUUUUUGUUUUUGUUUUUGUUCUUCUGGGGAUAAAAUUGCAUACUCUCUAUUUCAUUUCGCAUCUUGGCAUAUUCAUUAUCCAAUAAUUAAAUAACAAAAUAGUCAAUUUGCCAAAAAAUAAACCAAGCACAUUGUUUUCUCUUCUCUGUCUUAGUGUGUCCUCUGUUUUCUUCCUCUGUCAAAUUCCCAAAAUCUGCAAAUUAUCUUGAAAAACUGGCAAUUCCCUUUUCAAUUUGCAGAUGGAAGCUGAUGUUUCCAUCCUCAAAACCCUAAAUUUCCUUGUUCCUAAUUAGGAAAACUGUUGGUUUUUUAGGUCAAAUUAGAGCUUUCCUUUUCCGAGUUUUUCUUUUUGCAAGGUAAUUCCUUUUUUGUUUUUUAAUCAAACCCUAAGUUUACAAUCCUGUUUCUGCUUCUGGGUUUUCCGGAACUUGAAAUUGUUCUUACACAAGUAAAACCCUCAAAAAGAAUUCCACUUUCUGGGUUUCUUCAAAAAAAUAUACAUACAAGAUCUGAUUUGGGUGUCUUCUAUUGAAUAAGAAUACCAUUUAAUAUGGGUCUUAAGAUUUGUAGAUUAAUUUUGUUAACUACGUUAAGUUUGAUCAUGAUGCUGUGUUUCUCUUCUGCUUCUGUGAUUCUCGAGGGAAGAAAUUUCACACUCAAAUUUGAUGAUGUUGAAGCUAACUUUGCACCACCUUUGGGGUUACAUGGUAUGUGUGGAAAAUUGUACAUAGCAGAGCCUAUUGAUGGGUGUUCACAGUUGAGAAAUAGAGUUGAGGAUGUUGUUGGCAAUUGUUCAUCUCCAAUUGCAUUGAUCGUUAGAGGUGGAUGUAGCUUCGAGGAUAAAAUUAGAAGGGCGCAGAAUGCAGGUUUUGAAGCUGCAAUUAUUUAUGAUAAUGAGGAUGUUGGUUCUUUGGUUGCAAUGGCAGGAAAUUCUGCUGGUAUAAAGAUACCUGCUGUAUUUGUUUCAAAAGCAACUGGGAACAAAAUAAAGACAUAUGGGGCUGGCCCUGAUGUGGAAGUGUGGAUACUUGCUAGCUAUGAAAGUUCUGCAUGGUCAAUAAUGGCGAUUUCUUUCAUUUCUCUUCUGGCAAUGUCUGCGGUGCUGGCUACUUGUUUCUUUGUUAGAAGGCACCGUAUUAGACGUGAAAGGCCUCGCGCCCGGGUUCGAGAAUUUCAUGGGAUGAGUAGCCGUUUAGUUAAAGCUAUGCCAAGCUUAGUAUUCACAACUGUAACAGAGGAAAAUUGCACAGCAUCAACCUGCGCUAUCUGCCUUGAGGACUACAGGGUUGGAGACAAGAUCCGGAUUCUGCCAUGCCGCCACAAAUUUCACACAUUUUGUGUGGAUGCUUGGCUGACUUCGUGGAGAACAUUUUGCCCGGUAUGCAAGCGAGAUGCAAGGACUAGCAACGGUGAACCUCCAGCAUCAGAAUCAACACCAUUGCUGUCUUCCAAUCCAUCAUCUGCUGCUUCUUCGCCAUUUUCAUCAUUCAGGUCAAGGUCAUCAUCAGUACGUUCCUCUGCUAUACAAAUAGCCUCACCAAGUCCACGAUCCCAUUCAACUUCUCGUAACUCUUCUAUUUCAAGUAGUCCUCAAAUACCUCGUCCUCUUCGAAGCUCCUUAGAGUUUAGGAACAUGUCCUCACAAAGGUCGUAUGGUUCUCAGUUUAUGUCUCCUGGUUCUCUGGGUUAUCCGUCAAUUUCACCUCUGAAUGGUAGAUACAUUUCUCCAUAUAUUCCAAGUCCUAGUAACGGUUCAUCAAGUUAUCUCGGGUCUUCUUCUCUGAGAUAUCCAAAUCCAUUGCAUUACAGUGAAUCAGCAGCGAGUUUUUCUACUCCGUAUGAUUCUGCACAAUCCCUUCCAGGAUGUUGAUUUUGGAUGCUGUUUGUGACAUUGUGUGCAGAUAAUUCUGACCUCUAACUUAUACCUCUUUGAUCCUUGCCAUGGUGUUGACUUGUGUGUAUAUUGUAGCAUAGGGUAAAGUUUUGAUCUUUUUUUUUUGUUUUUGUCAUUCCGCUUGCUAAUGAGUUAUCUUGUGUUAAUUUCCUAGAGUUGAGGCUCCAAUGUUUGCAUAAACUCUUAUAUAAUUAAUUAGAGUGAUGAAUGGAGAUUAGUGUUUAAUUUA